UUAUCCAUCUUCUCCGAGUGAGUGAUAGAACCUGAAGGAGGAGCGGAGGGAGGCGGUUUCUAGGGUUUCUUGAUGCAACGAUGGGAACGAGCAGCGACCCGAUCCAAGACGGUUCCGAUGAGCAGCAGAAACGAUCAGAGAUCUACACCUACGAAGCGCCAUGGCAGAUCUACGCCAUGAACUGGAGCGUCCGCCGCGACAAAAAGUACCGUCUCGCCAUCACCAGCCUCCUCGAGCAGUACCCGAACCGAGUCGAGAUCGUCCAGCUCGACGAGUCCAACGGCGAGAUCCGCUCCGAUCCCAACCUCGCCUUCGAGCACCCUUACCCUCCCACCAAGACCAUCUUCAUCCCCGACAAGGAGUGCCAGCGCCCCGAUCUCCUCGCCACCUCCAGCGACUUCCUCCGUCUCUGGCGAAUCGCCGACGAUCACUCCCGCGUCGAGCUCAAGUCGUGCCUCAACAGCAACAAGAACAGCGAGUUCUGUGGACCGUUAACCUCCUUCGACUGGAACGAAGCUGAGCCAAGACGGAUCGGGACUUCGAGCACCGAUACGACGUGCACGAUCUGGGACAUUGAUCGCGAGGCUGUUGAUACACAGCUUAUCGCUCACGAUAAGGAAGUGUUAGACAUUGCUUGGGGUGGAGUUGGUGUGUUCGCGUCGGUCUCGGCUGAUGGAUCGGUGAGAGUGUUUGAUCUUCGCGAUAAGGAGCAUUCGACGAUUAUCUACGAGAGCUCUGAGCCUGAUACUCCUUUGGUUCGUCUCGGUUGGAACAAGCAGGAUCCUAGGUACAUGGCGACUAUCAUCAUGGACAGUGCUAAGGUUGUUGUGCUUGACAUUCGUUUCCCAGCGCUUCCUGUGGUGGAGCUUCAGAGGCAUCAGGCUAGUGUCAAUGCUAUCGCUUGGGCUCCUCAUAGCUCGUCUCAUAUCUGUACCGCGGGGGAUGAUUCGCAGGCUUUGAUUUGGGAUAUUUCGUCGAUGGGGCAGCAGGUUGAAGGUGGGCUUGAUCCGAUUCUUGCUUACACCGCUGGUGCUGAGAUUGAGCAGCUUCAGUGGUCGUCUUCUCAGCCUGAUUGGGUUGCUAUUGCUUUCUCGACAAAGCUGCAGAUUCUCAGGGUUUGAUCUUUUUUUUUUUUUAAUUAGUGGUUACCUCAUUUUCUGUCGUAUGCUUGCUUCUUGUUAUGUUACUAUGAUCAUGAUGUAAAGCUUGCUGUGACUGUUUCUUGAAUCGUAUUAAUGAAUCUUGGUGGUCUCGUUUAAUUUGCAAA